CGGUGAAAGGUUUAUAAUUACAUAGCAACGCCUCAGUUGGUUUUCGAAACUCGACUCUAACUAUCAUCUCGCUGCUAUUUCAACGAACGUCUAAUCUCCAAGCACAUAGAGACGCCAAAUCCUAAGCACCACAACUGUUAAGAUCUUGAAGCAUGGAUAUCUUCAUUGCUCCACCAUCGCCCACAGAGUACCUGGGCUAAAUAGCAACUGUUUUCUCGAUAGUAGCGGAAGUGCCAAAGUCGUUCCAACCUCUCCUUGCCACCACGCACAGCAACAAACUAACAACGAUCAAAUUGAGCCACACUUUUUAAUCCGUUGGUUUUCUUUCGACUCCAAAUCUCGAAACUAUACUCAAGGAGGCAGUCCAAUUGCCACUACAGUGCCGUUGCUUGAUAGUCACCAUGAAAUCUUUUCGUAGAACGCUGAUAGCGUUGCUAUCGUUGAUCGGAAGCGCGCAAAGCACUCGUCUAGCCUUCAGGUUCGACGGAAUGGACCAUUCGGGGUGCAAAUCUAGUGCCUAUGAUGUCGAACUUGGUGAACUUCACUUUCAAUGUGAUAGCGGAGAAGACAUUUGCCGACCAGGAGACUCGGUCGUUGUUGAAGGAUGGUUCAACGCUCAUUCGCCCCUCCCAGUCGACAUGACGCAGCGAGUCAAAGUGUGCAAGUACUUUGGGAUGAUGUGUACUCACGUGCUCGAAUACUCUAGCGAUUACACCUUCAAAGAAUCGUGGCAUCUAUACUCCCAAUAUAGCAACGUCAGUUACCCCAACCCUGGUCUCUACGGAUUCGAACGACGAUUUACAUGGCCAGACAACACCAUGUCCGAUUUCGCCUGGGCCGGAUUUCCCUUUUCACUGACAAUUGACGUUCAAGCAGAAGAUACUGGCAACGAUUGGACCCACAUGCGUUGUCAUGCUCCCUUUACCACGGUAAACUAUGAUACCUGGAGAGAGGAUGGCUCGACCGGUUCCGGUUUCAGCCCUACCUUUGGACAGUGGAGUAUGGUCGGAUUGGUAGGAUUUGGCGCCACAGCCGGGUGGAUCAGCCGAAAGAAGAAGCGCAAGCCAAUCUUGACAUUGGAUGGACCCGACUUUAGUGGAAGAGAUGCGUGUGCUACAAACUUCGAAAUGAUGGGUGGCGGAGAAACAGAAACUGGUGGGGACCCCCUCGCUGUUCGAGUAUAAAGGAAUGAUGACAUGACAUGAAGCAGGCAUGCAAGCAGCAACAUGACGCAGCCAAGGAUAAUAGUAAAAAGGAGUGUCUUCAUGUUUCUUGUGGAAAACUGGGUUCCAACAGGCAUCAUGGCGUUCCUUCUUUCUUUUGUCAUUUCAAGUAAGUGUUCGCUGCAUGCAUCCUUAAUUGCUGCUUCAUUUUGGCAGGACCGUCAGCCAGUCUUCAUGAACGGUGUUAAUUACCCCACAACAGAAACAAUGAUUCCAUUGCGCCAUCUUCUCUGGUGCAGCAUCAUAAGAACCAUUUCCAUCUUUUUGCCUAAACUAUUAUAACUACAUAUUUCGUGUUC